AUGUCGGCACGUAGAGGCCUGUGGCAGCUGGCCCAGCGGGCCUUCGCUUCACAUGCGGGCCGCCCAGGGGAGGCUGUCCCCGCCAUCAGCAACGCCCACCGCCUUGCUCCCGGCAGCAGCGUGAUCCAGGUCCCGCAACGGCUGCUGAUGGGCCCCGGCCCCGCCAACGCCGACCCCCGGAUCCUGGCGGCUCAGUCACUGCCCCUGCUGGGUCACAUGCACCCGCCGUUCCUGAAGAUCAUGGACGAGAUCUCUGAGGGCCUGCGGUACACCCUGCAGACCGACAGCAAGUACACACUCAUGGUGUCAGGCACUGGCCACGCCGGCAUGGAGGCGGCGAUUGCCAACCUUCUGGAGCCCGGGGAGAAGAUCAUCGGCAUCUGGGGGACGCGCGUCGCUGACCUGGCGGCCCGCUACGGCGGUGACGUCAUCGAGCUCAAGGCGGACGCGGGGCGGUCCUUCAGCCUGGAGGAGCUGACCACGGCGCUGGAGACCCACAAGCCCGCGCUGCUCUUCCUCUGCCAGGGUGAGUCUUCGACGGGCGUGCACCAGAGCCUGGCGGGCCUGGGCGACGUGUGCAAGCGCACGGGCACGCUGCUGCUGGUGGACACGGUGUGCAGCCUCGGGGGCGUGCCCUUCUUCUUCGACAAGUGGGGCGUCGACUGCAUGUACAGCGGCUCUCAGAAGUGCCUCUCGGCGCCGCCGGGCGGCGCGCCGUUUGCUCUGUCUGAGCGCGCCCUGGAGAAGCUCAAGGGGCGCAAGACCAAGCCGGCCACCUUCAACCUGGACAUGAACCUCAUCGGCGAUUACUGGGGCUGGUUCAACAGCCGCAGCUACCACCACACGGGCAUGGUGAGCAUGUGCUACGCCCUGCGUGAGGCGCUGUCCAUUGUGCAGGAGGAGGGGCUCGACAACAUGUGGUCCAGGCACCUUGAGAUGCAUGAGAUGCUGUGGCACGGCCUCAAGAAGCUGGGCCUGGAGCCCUUCGUGGAGCGCGACGCAGACAGGCAAGACCCCACGCCCGCGCGCACCCCACUCACCCGCGCCGGCGCCGGCGUCACAUUUUGCUCUCGAGCCCCGGGCGCAGGCGUUGACUGGGCGGCCGUGGUCAAGAACGCCAUGGACAAGUACUACCUCGAGAUCGCGGGCGGCCUCGGCCCGACAGCCGGCAAGGUCUGGCGCAUCGGGCUCAUGGGCUACAACGCGCGGCCCCAGAACGUUGAGCUCGUAAUUGAUGCCUUCAGGGACGGCCUGCAGAAGCAGGGCAAGCUCUGA